AUAAUUUGUGACUGAUUCUUAUUCUGUUGUAAAGGGAAAUUGUAUAACGGGUGUUGAGGAAAAGAAUGAAGAUGAAGAUACAGACUCUUCGACUCUUGAUAUUGAUUUAAAAACUAUGGACUUGGAGACGUUACCUGACCUGUCCGCUUUUGCUGCUGACAGCCAACCCGCGGUAUAUGACUGUGAAGUAGAUUCCCAAGGAGUUGUGGAUGUAGAAUACCUCACGUUACCCCCGGAAUACGAAAGGGAACUGUUGGUCUUGUCAUCCGACGAGGAAGACGACUCAACCUCGGUGGAAGACACGGUCUGCUUCGCCUACAACUACGGCGGCGCCGACCUGGAGAACACGGUGGGCUGGGACAGGCUGGGUCUUCUCCCCGACCCCUGGGCGGAGGCCAGGCACCCCACUGUGGAAAUGUUAACGUCUGACGAUUUAACAUCAGAUGAAAUUGAACCAAACCUGAACAUCCUUACAUUAUCUUCAGGAUUGGGUAACAUAGCACUGACGCCAGACCUGAAAGGAUACGGAUAUACAAAGCUUCAGCUGCCGUCAAAAGGUAUCAAAAGUGUGGAAUUGCUCCAGUACUACCCAUACCUCCAGUACGUCGACUUGGCUAACAAUAACAUUGAAGAUCUCUCUCCUCUGUGGAACAUUAAGCACUUGGUCGUGUUAGAUCUCUCUAAAAAUAACUUGACUGACGGAUCUAUAGGGAAGCCGGAUCAGAUUGGAUUUCUGACUUACCUCAACUUGUCUCACAAUAAGUUCAAUAAAAUACCAGACUUCUCUAAGUGUUGGGCUAUUAAGCAUUUUGAUUUAGCUCACAACCGGAUCGAAUGGAUUGACCAUUUAAGCGAAUUUAAGUAUCUUUCUUACUUAAAUCUUUCGCACAACAGACUCGAAUUCAUUGAAAGUCUUGACAACAAGUUGUUGAUGGAAAUAAAUGUUUCUCAUAACUCUAUCGGCCGUUGGGAAAAUCCUGAUCCUAAGGCGAUUCACAGCCUGGAGAACAUUAACAUCUCCCACAACCAGCUACCUACUCUCACAAUAUUCGCUGAAAUGUACAAUUUGGCCACAUUGGACGUGUCUCAUAAUAACAUCAACGCGAUGUCCGAGUUCGACGCCCUCAAGACCUUACCAGUUGUGACAAAUUUAAAGAUUGCUGGCAACAAGAUCAGUACGAUAAUACCAGAUCCAAGGAGGCUUAUAAUAUAUCUCCUACCGAGUAUAAAGAUAUUAGAUGGGGUUCCAAUAACUCCCAUGGAAAGGGUUAGCGCAAUGACCAUGUUUACUAGUAAUCCCAUGCAUCAUCGCCAAUCUGUGCGUGCUUUAUAUCAAGUCUGCAGCAAGAUCCCGACUGUGGGCUGGGAACAAUUUAAGCAGACUGGUGAACAUCCUGCUCUUGUAGUGCUCAUUGGAGACAUUGGGUCAUCCAGGAAGAUUAUUAUCAACAGGGUUCAAAGAAUGAACCCACAUAUUUGCAAGGAAGUUAAAAUGUUAACAACAAGACCACCAGUAAAAAAUGAAGCGACUAACAGCAGAAUGAAGAAUGUCUCUCUGAAAAAAUUUAACAGAAUUGAAAGCGAAGGAGGGUUCUUGGUAGUUGAGAGGAGAUUGGGGCACAAGUGGGGCGUUGCUGUAAGUGAGCUCGAGGAUAAGAACAGAGUCUUGUUGGCUUUCAUGGGUAUGAAGGGCUCUCUGGAAAUACUCUGGAAGGGAUUCAACCCAACCCUCAUCAUUAUGGUUCCCAACCAGGAGGAAGUCCUUACGAAAAGGUGUAUGAAAUGGUUCUUAUCUUCGGACGUUUACAGGACCAUGUUCAAAGUCAGGAGAGUGACAAAGCGGAAAAAAAGGGAAGGAUCCAUACAGGGUGAAGAUGAUUAUGAGGAUGACGAAUAUGGAAGUUCACUUAGGAGGAAAUCUUCAGUCCCCAUAAGAAAAUCAGUGAAAUUGAUUAAAUGCAAAUCGAUGUUUACUAGUUCAAGCAAAAAGAACUGGAAGAUCACAAAGUAUACAGAAAACCUUGGACUAAACAAAAAACUUUUAGAAGAAUGCUAUGGGAAAUACAUUUCGGGAAAUCCAAGAAACAUGAGAGGUAUUUCGCAUGAUAAGCGUUCUUCUGACCGUGUUUUUUUUAAAGAUUUUGACAACAUUCGGGAUAAGGGUUCUAGCUCGCAAGCAUUAGGAUCAGGGAGAGGAAGCGAAUUCAGUUUGUCAGAUGAGAAUGAAUUAAGACGCUUCGUUCAAUAUAUUUUCCAAAAUCAAAUGAGUUACAGAAUGAUGCAUCUUAGAAACCCAGGUCUUUUCCAGUUAUUCAUAAGCACAGAUGAUUAUGAAAAAGCCUCGCUUGCCCUUCUUGGUGUAGUUAAAAGCCUGUAUAAAAAACUACAAGAUUCAAAAAAGAUUAAAACAGUAGAUUUACAAAGCGACCCAAAUUAUAAAUCAAUGGUUGAAGAACCUCUUAUGGAAUUAGUAAAUGAAGCAACAACGCAUAACAUACAAUUAGAUAUUGCAGUAUAAAACAAUUAAAAUUAAUUAAAUUUUUUAUCAUUAUUAUUUUUUCUUAUUUACUUAAACUUAUGAACGUAACCUAAAGACCCUUUUGAAGAUUUUAAAAUGAGGAUUUCAUUUGACAUUACUUUAACUGUGACUUUAGUUUGUUAUACAAAAAUUUUAUUUAAUUUACAGAAUACUUUUUUCUAAUAAAAAAAAAUCCAUUUUUGAUGUAAGAAAAUUCAACUGUAUUGAUGAUUAAUACAGUAAUUUCAAUUUGAAUAAACAGAAAACAACAAAGGAUUGAUAAAUCAUAAAUCUAGAAAUAUAUAAAAAAUAAUUUUAUUAAAUAACUUCAGUAAUGUUAAAAUAACAAUAAAAAAUAAUUACUCUUUAUAUAAAUAUAACAAUUAUAUAAUUCAAAUAUAAAACAAAGGUUUUAAAAAUAAACCAAGAAGAUGGUAUGGGGUCAGAACAUUGAACAUUUACUAAUUAUUUAUUCAAUGCCAUGUUUGGAUCACAUUGCAACUUUGGAUAAAAUAGUUGUAUGAGCCAGACAUCAGCCAAUCAAAUUGUUUUCUGACUGACACCCACACCAUUUCUUUCUUAAAUAUCAUAUAAAUUUCAUACUACGUAUAAAAAAUAAAUGUUUCCAAACUAAUAAGUCUUAUUACAGAUUUAAGCAUCACAGGGAACUCUUAUUUGGCUCUAACAAAAAUGCUGUAACAUAAGGUACUACUCUUUGAGGGAAGUUCAUGUGUACAUCAUGAUUCCCUUUAACUAAAUACAUUUUCAAAUGAGGAUUUUUUGAAAAAAAUUCUUUUAAUCUUUCAUGGUAUAACUCUUCAGAAACUUCAUCAAUGAGAUCAUAUGUAUCCUGAGCAAUUAUCAUCAAAGUUUUACAUACCAUGCAAUUUAUGAUACUUUUCAUUUGUUGCAUUGUAAGGCAUGGUCGCAAAAAAAGUUUUAAACGUUGGUCAGAAGAAAACAUGUAUCCAUCAUUAGAAGGAGCAAGAGCCCUUUUAAUCAAACAUUCUGCAGAUUCCUUGCUAAUCUCUGUUUUUCUACUGCUGAUAAGCCUUUUAAGAGCUUCUUCAUAUGUAUAGGAUGGAGGUUUCUUAUUUAAAAUAUUUUUUUCUAAAGUUUGUAAAUUGUUGUAUAUACUUCUUAAAUGAGAUGGAGUCCUUUCAACAUCGAUAAUGAUUGGGGUAAUACCAUCUAUAAGUACAGCUUUUUCCACAAAAUUUGGAUAUAGAGAACUAAAAAAUACAGUAAUCUGAGCUCCUAGACUGUGACCAAUCAUCUUAAAUUUGGUCCAUUUAAGGUGGUCCACAACUAGUUUAACGGAAUACACAUAAUUUAUAAAUUCAAGGGGUAAACCAGGAGGAAAAUGAGAUGACAUUCCAUGACCUGGAAGAUCUAUACAAACAUAAUAAAAUGCUCUAGGCAACAAUGGAAUAAGGCGAUCAAAACUGCCACAGUUGUCUUGGAUUCCAUGUAAAACCAAAAUGGGAGAACAGGAUUUAUCUCCCCAAGUUUUACCUGAAAAU